AUGGGGGGCGGGGACGCGGGCCCGGAGGCGGCGGCGGCCGCCGCGGCGGAGCAGGAGGCCAAGCGGGCGGCGGCGGCGGCCUACGACUACGAGGCCGACCCGCGCUGGGCCGACUACUGGUCCAACGUCCUCGUGCCGCCGCACCUCGCCGCCCGUCCCGACGUCCUCGCCCACUUCCGCCGCAAGUUCUACCAGCGCUUCAUCGAUCGUGAUUUGGUGGUCGAGCCUAUGUCAACCACUGGUUCCACUCAGCCGAGCAGGCCAGACAUAAGGUCUUCACCUUCAGCAUCCACUGAGAGUGUCAGGGCUCGCAAUUCAGGUUCUAGUACCAGAUCAGCUGCCCCGCCACCAGCAGCACCACAAGCAGGGGCUGCAAACCCUUUACGUUUCGAUGCAAAGACUAUACAUUUCUCCGUAAAUGCCUGGGUACUGGUUGUUGCUGGUCUGGGAAUGCUUCCGAUCUUACCAAAACAUCUUGCAGACAGAGCUUGCAAGCUUUCAUUGCUGGGAACAGUCCUCUCCUCAGGAUAUUCUUUAUACAGUACUUAUGGGAAACCAAGAGAAUUGAACAUGGCUGCAAUUCAGGGUUGGUUGCAGUCAGUACUUGGAGCCAAGGAUUUUAUCCAUUUAAUGUUCUCUUUGUUGCUCGUCACAUCUCAGCUGCACUUAAAGAUUGCUGCGCUACCUGUGUUCUGCUGGGCCCUUGAUCAUGUUGCCAGAUUCCUAAGGCGUAACUUUUCUCGCUCAUCUUUCUACAGGGGAUACUUGGAAGAGCCUUGCCUUUGGGUGGAGACAAACAACACCACGCUCAGCCUCCUUAGCUCAAAUGCCGAACUUGCCUUGGGGUUCCUUCUGAUCAUAUCACUGUUCUCGUGGAGGCGCAACUUCAUCCAGACAUUCAUGUACUGGAACGUGCUGAAGAUGAUGUACCGCGCGCCCGUGACAUCCAGCUACCACCAGAGCGCGUGGGCCAAGAUCGGGCGGACCGUCAACCCAUACAUCGACCGCUACGCCCCGUUCCUCCAGACACCCAUCUCCAUGGUCCAGCGGUGGUGGCUCAGGUAG